CAGGCGCUCUGAGUGGAUGCACAGGGUCUCACAUAGGAAUGAGAGCGUGUGUUAUUUUGUGCUAAAUAAGUGGAAUUUCUGUCAAAUGGAUAUAAACCACCUGUAAGGACUGAGGAAAGGACUGAAAGUCAAAUACGGCUUCCUUUAAGAUAGCACAAUGACCAAAAAACUCGUUCUCAACACCACCUGGGAGGGCCUGAACCCGUCCAAUUCUUCAAGAUUGCCGGAAAACCCUUUGUCGCACCAGAACAUCACCUAUGUCGAUUUCUACCUCCACAAGCCCUCUGUGGCUGCUGUGUUUACUGUCGCGUACCUGCUCAUUUUCCUGGUGUGCAUGGUGGGAAAUGGAGUGGUGUGUUUCAUCGUGCUGCGCAGCAAGAACAUGCGCACCGUCACCAACCUGUUCAUUCUCAACCUGGCCAUCAGCGACCUGCUGGUUGGCAUCUUUUGCAUGCCAACCACACUGGUGGACAACAUCAUAACAGGAUGGCCCUUUGGAAAUGUAGUAUGUAAGCUGAGUGGAAUGGUUCAAGGGAUAUCUGUGUCAGCAUCUGUGUUCACUCUAGUGGCAAUCGCUGUUGACAGGUUCCGCUGCAUUGUCUACCCUUUCAAGCAGAAGUUGACCAUCGCCACCUCAAAACUAGUCAUUGUCAUCAUCUGGGUCCUUGCCGUGUCCAUCAUGUGUCCUUCGGGGAUCAUGCUCCAGGUCACAACAGAGCAGAGGGUGCGAAUAGUUGUCGGAGGCAACAAUGACACUCGCCCAUUCUUCUGGUGCAGAGAAAAUUGGCCCAAUCAGGAGAUGCGGAAAAUCUACACCACAGUUCUCUUUGCAAACAUCUACCUGGCUCCUCUCAGCCUGAUUGUCAUCAUGUACGCCCACAUCGGCUUCACCCUCUUCAAGACCACCAUUCCCCCGCUGAGGGGAAGUGGAAUUAGCCCAGGGGAAGGCAGUGGCCGCAAGUUAAGCACGGAAAACCGGCACACGAUUUCGAGGAAGAAGAAGCGAGUGAUCAUGAUGCUCCUGGUUGUGGCUCUGCUCUUCAUCUUGUCCUGGUUGCCUCUGUGGACGCUGAUGAUGCUGAGCGACUACGCCAGCCUCACAGAGCACCAAUACCGCGUCAUUAACAUCUACGUGUAUCCGUUAGCUCACUGGCUGGCCUUCUUCAACAGCAGCGUCAACCCCAUCAUCUACGGGUUCUUCAACGAGAAUUUCCGCAGAGGCUUCCAGGCAGCUUUCAAAUUCCAGCUGUGCUCUGCCGAGAUUGCGAAAACGAGGACCCACUCCCAUCGGAUCAGAGCGAAUGCCGUGGUCCCGGUCCAGCCUGCCGCUCUCAGCAGAUCAGGCUCCGGAGGUGGAUCAGCGUUAGUGGGAAACGGGAAUUGCUCGUAUCAGGAGGGAGAGUGCUUGGCUGACAGAAAUGAUCCCAAAGAGCAGGAUCUGGUGAUGGAAGACCUGGAAAAAGUGUCCCAGAUUUAGAGAGACUGAGACAGAGCAGUGGUCUGACACUUCUGGAGAAUCAUGUGUUGCAUUCUGAGGAUGAGAAAAAAAAAGACUGAUAUGCAUGAUUGAGCUCCAUUGUUGAAAGUACUUUCAAGGUCUGGAACAUUUGUAAUCAUGAGUCAUUUCAGAUAUCCCUGUGAAUGGUUUUUUUUAUGGUGUAUAUAGCAGAUAAUGCUGUAAACGGGGAAUGCUCAAAGACCUGGAAAAUGUAGUUUAAAAUGUCAAGUUAAUGUUAAGCAACUAUCAAAGUUAACAUUUGAAAAAGAAAAUUCCUUCUAUUGUUAUUAUUGUCACAGUGGUGGAUUUGGUGAUAUGUGUAGUAACCAUGGCAACAGCACACGUCACAUCCAACCCUGCCUGAGUUUUACAGAAGUACAAAAGCAUGUGUUUACAGCAAAGUCAAUCAAGCAAUCUUGUAUUAACAAAGAAAUAACUCACUUGCGAUGGCAACCGUGAUCUGAUUUCCCACUCCAUAUCUCCACGUGACAGCAGGGGUUUUUCAAACGGCAGGUCAGAGUGAUGGUGGUUAUAUUCCCAAGAAGUCAGAGCUCACUGCUGUGACUGUUCAGUCUGGUUGUUGAACUUUCUGGCAAAAAAGCGAUAAUAUGCUGACAAAAAAAACAACAAAAACGAGUUGUUUCAUAGAUGCAUUUUUGAUAAGCGAUCGUAGUCAGGGCUUAUCGUUGUCAGUUUAGUGAUGAAUAAAUUGUAUUUCUUAUUACUGCUUCAAAUUUCCAGUUUCAAACAUUUCCGGAGAAUCCCUUGUCUGUGCUAUUUUAAUUACGUGUGGGAGCAGUGGCCUGAUACAAAGAAAGGUAAUUACAGAUUGUUGAAAUAUUCAACUAAUGGUGCGAUAAGUAUGCUGACCAUAGUUUUCUAAUUCAAAAAAAUUCUGAGGGUUGUCUUCAAGAGAUUAAUAGUCAAAACCCAGAUAAUCUGCUUCAUCACCACUGUGUGGCUGCGGUUUAUCAGAUUUAACUAAACAGCCCAGAUAAACAACACAUCAGGUUCACAUGUGGCUCACAUGUUGGUGGCUGGGACGUGUGAAAUUACCUUUUUACAACUGACUCCCAUACAUGAGCAGUCAAAAGCCAAGAAAUUGCCAGAACACCUGCAAAUAAAAAUAAAAUUGAGAAGCUUGAAUAUGGAAAAAGGAAUGUUAUGAAUGUUAUUUUUUUUAAUCAUUUAAAUAUGGUUGGAUUACAUCAGACUUUUAUGUUAAAAGCUUCAAAUGUAUUCUUGUUGUUCGUGUACUCCAAGUGUAUUAUCCAAGUGUAAUUCCUAUAAAUACCUUUCUAUAAAUACCUGUGAGAUUCGAUGAACUGCACAGUGAAGUUCACAUUUCGAUUAGGCUUUUAUUCAGAAGUGUAAUAGACAUUGCUCUCACUGCUGUAAGUUUCCCAAAGACUGAAAGCCCUGUACCUUUGUUAGCUGCAGUAAUUUAGAACAAGACAUUAGAACAGCAUGCCUUUCAAAGUUGAAGUGCAAUUCAGUGUGAUGGGAAUUGUCAGCCUCCCCCACUCAGAGUGUAUGCUCCACCGCUCAGUGGCAGUUGGCAGUGGGCUGACGGCUGUGACAUGCAGCAGCAA